AGCGCGGCGCUCCGCUGCCAUGUUGUUGUGUUAUUUUCAGGGGCAGAGUUUCCAGCUGUCGCUGUCUGCGGACUCAGCGGUCUCUGAGGAGGAGGGGGCACUGCUUUACUUACGUUAUCUGGAAUACAACUGAACUUCAAGUCGGUGUAAAAGUUAUCGGACAACGAGAGGAGCUGUCGAGGAAAGGAAACUGUCACUUUCCAUUUCCAGUCCCUGACCAGAGCAGCUUGUAAAGUCAAAGAGGGAUUCAUCACCUUAAUCUGUCGGAGUGAGUUUCCUACUGGCAAGUGAGGUGAAGAUGGUGGACCGGCUUGCGAACAGCGAGGCCAACUCCAAGCGGAUUGCGGUGGUGGAGGGCUGCUUUGGCGCUGCCGGCCAGCCGCUGGCCAUCCCCGGGCGCGUGCUGAUCGGCGAGGGCGUCCUCACCAAACUCUGCCGCAAGAAGCCCAAGGCGCGCCAGUUCUUCCUCUUCAACGACAUCCUGGUCUACGGCAACAUCGUCAUCCAGAAGAAGAAGUACAACAAGCAGCACAUCAUCCCGCUGGAGAGCGUCACCAUCGACACGGUGCCGGACGAAGGCGACCUGCGCAACGGCUGGCUCAUCAAGACUCCCACCAAGUCCUUCGCCGUCUAUGCUGCCACCGCCACAGAGAAGUCAGAGUGGAUGAACCACAUAGGGAAGUGCGUCGGAGACUUGCUGCAGAAGAGCGGCAAGGCCCCGACGGGCGAGCAUGCGGCCGUCUGGGUGCCCGACUCGGAGGCGACCGUGUGCAUGCGCUGCCAGAAGGUGAAGUUUACGCCGGUCAGCCGCCGCCACCACUGCAGGAAGUGCGGCUUCGUGGUUUGCGGGCCGUGCUCAGAGAAGAAAUACCUCCUGCCCAGCCAGUCGUCCAAACCCGUCCGUGUCUGCGAGUACUGCUUCGUGCAGCUGACGUCAGAAGGCCUCGCGCCGCGUUCAGACUCCAUCGGUCGCCUGGGGUCAAAGUUCAACAACAUGUCGGACGAUGACGACGAAGAAGACAGCAGUGACUGAGGAUCGUAACGUCCUCCCGGUGGCCUGCCUCGUCCCACGUCAAGGAGGAAAGUUUCUUUCUCCUCCCAGAAUCAUGCUCCACCGUGAGAUGAAUUCCACCUCCGAGGAUUAAUUCAGUUUCUAUAUCAAACCAAAAUAUUUUCUUUUUUUUUUUCUCUAAUUCCAGCAGGGAUAAAUAUUUUCCUGAACACAGUGAUUUAAAGAAUGAAAUGUGGAAUUAACUGGGUGACCAGCAGGAUUUCGAGGAAACGUUGUGACUCUUCAUGGCUUCCACUUUGCUCAGUCCGCCCCCUAAUCUCGUCACCCUUAAUUAGACUGCAAUUAGUCACUACAGAACACAAUGGUGCUGAUGAGAAACACCCCCUUCCCUCUGCUGAAAUUCAUUUCAUCUGAGAGGCUUUUGUUAAUCCACUCUUUUUCUUUUUUCUUUUAUGGCCGUGAACUACACAAGGUGGUUGUUUGUAAUUUCUGCAGGGAAAAGCAAAUGUUUGGGCUCUAACCUUUUAUGUCCUCUGUCCUUCAGGUAUAGCAACAAACAGGGCUUUUUUUGUAAUAGAAGUUUGAUCACCAGCAAAAUGUGGAGCUAAAGCAAAGAUCCCUUUUCAUAAACAACAAAAUGUUGAUGACACGCUUUUCUAGUUGACCUAAUAUAGUUUCUUCUGACACAGUGAGUGUGUCUGUCUCUGCUGACACACUUUUUGUGUGGUUUGCUAAGCGUCCGCCCUAAAAGCUAACUCUUCCCAUCGCCUAUACUGUCACGUAGUGCCUUGUAGAACACUUGAGCUCAGCCUUCAGUAAGAAAAAGGUUAUUUGUUAAUGAAUCUAGACUGCUAUAAAACAGGGGCUUCAUGAUAGUUUUACUCUGAAACGCAUUACACAGGAUGGAGUUGUUGCUUGGUUUUUUUGAGUGUGUGCUGUAAACAGAAGAGAGGGGAGGUUACUGGCCGUCCGACAGACAGGAAGAGCUCAAUUAGGACUUUUCCUGAAGAGUUUUUGUUUUACCAGACAAAUGAAAAACACUUAAACCUAUCGCUCUAGAAAGAGAAUAUGUUUGAGUUGUUGAAAAGCUGGCGUUUUCUAGAUUUUUCAGUUUGAGCUGCUGGAAAAAAAGGCUUUUAACCUGCAGCUUCCUGAACCUGGCUCCCGUGUGUCCACUUACAUACCAGAAAGUUUAUGAGUUUAUAUAAGUCUGUUUUGCAGGCGAGUGAAGUUCAGAACAAUGGAAGAAGUGGGGCGAUCUCCCUCUCUGCUUCGAACUGCUUGUCACAAGGCAAGGAGGUGAUGGUGAAGAAACCAGGGGUAGAACAGACUGCAGGACGCCCAGCAGUCAUUUAUUAGAGAUUUUGUUUUCCUCAAGAUGAAAUGAAUUAUAGCGUUAGCAGAGUUAUUAUUCUCCAAAGAUACAUGUAAACAUUGUAAAUGUUAGUGGGAAAUGUAAUUAAAUUAGGAAAGUCCUCCCCAGCAAGGCUGUAAAACCCACAUCCUGAAUCAGAAUAUAGUGGCUGCUCGUUUUAAGUUCCGGCUCGUAAAGUUCUUCUAGUGGAGGAGGCCUAAAUGUAGAAGCUGGAACUUUCCUCCUCCGUCACGGAUGGAAACUCCCACAAAUUUUGUUUGCAGGUUAGAUGGAUGCAUGAAAUUUUGGCUGGAGCUGUGAUUUAAUGUCUCAUUUAAGUUUGGAUCAUGUAAUGCUUCAGAGCCGGGGAUCAGCAGCUAAGGUGCUCUGUGCCGGUAAAGAUUCUCUCAAACACUGACAUUCCAGUGGAAUGAGUCACAUGAAAUGCAAUAAAAAGGAAGUCUUAGGGCCUGCUUGUGUUUUCUUUUUAAAAUCACAUGAUCUUGUCUUGCAUCAUAGUUUGUGUAAUAACUUGCGCAGUAGUUUAGGUGAUUGGCAUUUACUGGAAAAUAAAUAGUCAGGAAAUCAUUGCAUCGUCUUCCUGUCAGCGACGCUUGCCUGCGCUGCUCUGAGGUCACAGGGCCACAAAACAAACGCACCCUCUUCUGAAUUGUGCUCCUCCCGCCUGCUGGAACUUUCUCUCCACGGUCGCCGCUAACACAAGCGAACGUGGCCGUGCGUGCCCUCCUUCCUUUUCUCGUGUCCUCUUCUCUCUUCUUUCCCUUUUUUUUUUUCAUAAGCAGAACUUUCCUCUGAAAAGCACAGUCUACUGAUCGUGUGACAUGUUUGUGACCUAAAUCAUGUGAUCAGACACUGAACCAGGAAGUGAAAAGGCAGGGGAAUUAGUAGUGAACUGCAGAGCGUUCAGGUUCAGUUACUCACAGAUGUUCAAGUCAUCAGUUUCAGCCGGAGUUUCUCUUCCCAGUGACUCGUGAAGGGUUUCAUUCCUGCGGGCCGGAUGACUCAUCUCACACUGACCUAUAUUCCUGAAGUUUAAAAAAUGUGAUCAGUCUUUACAAGUGGGCAUGGGUUGUUUUGGGAGCCAAAAACAUUUUUAACAAAUUAGCAAAUGAUUAAAUUAGUUUUCAGUUAAUUUUCUUCCCAGGAAGGCAUUUUAAAGGGCUUCGCAGGUCCAUUUAGUUCCGAGACAAGGCCUAGGACUCUGAUACUACUGGGACAAUCAGUCCUGGUCCAAAUUAUAUUCAGUUUGAUUGGGUCAAGAAGGGUCCUGUUGUCUCACUGCAUGUCGCAAAGGGCAAUACACACCAGCAGCAUCUUUAAGGCGUCAAAUCUGCACCGUACCCUGACGUGCACCUCCCCUAAAUAUGUAACUAUACGUUGCAGCGAGGCAGACCGUAAGAACUGUUAUUGGUCGGCUUGGUAGCAUCGCAUUUCCUCCUCCUUCUGCCUCCACCGGUUCAAGGGUCGUACACACCAUCUCCUCCGACGCCUUCUCUUGUGUUUUAGUAAUUACACUAAAAGUAACUGCUCCGCUCAGCUUCAACUCCAACUCCAACAUGAUCCGCUCAGUUUUAAUCGUCAUUGUUUGUAGUAGCCUACUCCAACGCAGAAGAAGAAGAAAGUCAACACAGUGGAACAUAGAUACCCCACCGCCAACCAACGUUUUGCUGUUGUAAUUGCAGAGCCUACACUCGACGCAGAUAUAUAAAUCGGCCUUAAUGUGCGUCAUCGUUGCACCUCAACUCGCAAAAAUAUUUGCUCUCUUGAUGGGCACAUCCAGCUACUGUACAGCACAGCUGGUGUGGGAUGCGUUCAUCAAAUGGCACCUGUCAAAUUAUAAAAUAAAGGUUGUCACACCCUCUUUACUCCCUGUUUUGAAAAGUAAAAGUGCUUCCUGCUAACAGUUCCACCAUGUAAGGUAUCACAUUUUUGUAGAUGCAAAAAUAAACAGGCGUGUGACACAAGAGGGAGUGUAUGAAAUCUCAAUUUACUGCUCAACAGUGUAUAAUGGUUUAUUGUAAAGGGAGAAGUGAACAAGGGAAUGAUUUCAGUUCUGGUCUACAGCAGGUGUGUCGCAACAGCUGCAGUUCUCCGUCCUCGUGUAAUUUGAAUACAUUCAAGCACCUGUGAACUGAACUCGAAAGUUCUUUAAUAAAGCAGUUUGUGUUGCUGCGAGAUAUGAUCUGUUCCUCAGGCCGGUGUUGGCCGUUACGAUCCUCAGAUUCAGAUCUCCGUUCCCGUCAGACGUCCAUGAAACACACAACUGAAACACUUCUGUGCAGACAGCCGGUCAUACCUGACUGGAUCCGCUCUGAUCAUGUGGUGUGUCUUUUCAUCACAGGAGGAAAACGUGUCAUUUGAGGCAGACGGAGAGUGAUCCGCAUCCUGAUGCUGCUGGUGUUCUUGCUCUGUUUUGGGUUUGUUGGACCAGGUCUGACAUCCCUUUCAGAUCAGAUCUCUUAUCAAAUGAAUGUGCGUUUUUUUUUUUUUUUUUUUAGUUUCCACUGUCAGAGGUCAUUUUAACGUUUUUGGACCCAUUAAGCCCUUUGUUAAUUAAAACUGAGGAGCUGAAGUGCUUCAGGAACAGCUCAGAUGUUGGAAUGAAACUCUUCAGAGAGUUGCUUUAAAAUACAAAACAGUAAAAGUGAUGAGAUGUCUCUGAGUUCAUCACUGGAAACAGGAACCAUGUUAUUUCACCUUUACCUGAGAUCAACCAGGGAAACAAAACAAGUUGUAGCUGCAUCAUUACAGAAGCUGAACAGCUCAACCUUUACAUGUGGCACUCCCACAAGUGUCUCCAGAUGUUUAUCUACAUUUUGACUGCAAACAGUUGGAGCAUUAUCUUUGUACACAGUCUGUUAUUUUGCAUGUUUGAUGAGGUCGCAGCGGCGAGCGACGCCUCGUCUGAACUGCACCUCAAAGCAGCAGAACAGGGAGAAGAAAGGGAUCGUUUUCUUUUUAUGUCGUUUGAUUUUUACAGAUUUAAGUUUAAUGUUUGUGCUGCUGCAGUAAAGCAACCUAAGUGAUUAGAGAAAAAAAGAACACGGUAAUGAUCACUAACCAGCUGUCCUUUUAUUACUCACUGUGGUCGAGGUGGUGCUGAUGGAGGAGACGACUCCACCGUCAAAACGCAGAAGCACAAAGUCCGGCCUCAGGUUUGCUGUGGAUUGCACUUAACAAAGCUGGCACACUGACUUUGAUCCAGGUUGAGUGAUUACUUCAUACGGUCGCGUCGGCAGUGAGUCUGAUGGAUGUGUUAAAAUGAACCCUCAUGUUUUAAUCCUGUUGAUUUAUUUUGUACAGAUGUGCUUUGGGUUAUUUGAUUUUGUUGUAUAGUUAAGAUCAGUUCUGAAAUGACGCUGUUUCAGGUCUCCCUGUGCUCAGACACCUUCCUCCUCCUCCUCCUCAUGUCAGUCACAUCUCAGCAGCAUCUGCAGCCGUUUCAAAGUGAAGUCACCAGUGAUGUUUACCAGCCAACCACAUCCAUGUUUGAAUGAUCCCUGUUCCUAGGGCAGGGUUGCAGGUUUGCACUCCUCCUGUUGACAAAGUCGGUGUGUUUACAUGCACUUAAGUAACCAGGUUACUGGCGACCUUUCUCCAGUAAGCUCAUUAAACGUCAUGUGAACAAGAACUGGUUUCUGUAUUCAGGGCAGGGGAGAGGAGAAACCUGAGACCCCCAGGCAGAUUUCACCUGGAGAAAACCAGUUUUCUAUUCGUCUUUUUACAGGUAUGCAUGUGCAAGGACAAAGACUUCAGACAGGGAAAGCCUCUGGACGUCUGAAAAAGUCAUUUCCCCUGCUAAACAUUUGACUUUUUGUCAAAUUCAGACACUUUGGAGCUCUGUCCUCACACGGCAUCCUCAGCCUGCUCUGACUCAGGAACACACACCAAAAAAUAAAGCAAAAAUCCAAAAUGUGCCUGUAGUAGUAAACUGGUUUCUCCGAGUACACCUGUUUUCUGAAGUGCACCUAAACGCAUCGUUGGUCUCUCCUGCUGCAGCCUGAAAGAGAAAAAUAAAAAAAAACCUCAAGUCUGUCAGCUGGUAGACAAACAGAAACUGAAUCUCACACAUUCCUGCCAUUUUCCAGCAACUCGUCCAGCUGUUAAGUUUGUUCACGCUGUGAGCAGCACGCUUUACAGGAGGAUCUGUUCGGGCUUUUGAAUAUAUUAACAAGAUUAGGAAAAUGUAAACAAAUCAUAAAUGCAAUGGCUUUGAUUUUUGUCGCUGUUCGGAGGACGUUCCUCAUCACCUCCUUAAGUUUUGAAAUCACCUUGUUCACAGGAUGUUUCCCAGGUAUUUGCAUUCAGGUGCAAAGUAAGUACACAUUUAACUAGUGCACCAGUGCUACUGUAGGUUAAUAAACAGGUUCACACCAGACACUUUCUUCUUGUUAGCCGCUGUUCAUCACUACCUUUAAGCCGUUAAACACAUUUAGUGUGUUUCCUUAUGACAGAUAAAUGGAAGUUAAGUUAUAAAUUGUUGCUUGCACGGCUUGCUUGUGAUGCUUUUUUGCAAUCUGUCACUGUUUCUACCCCUUCAGCCCAGUGCAGAUAUGUUUUCUGUCUUUCCAAUACCCAGCAUUACUCUUUAAGACUCUUUAGGUCCAGCUUUCGUCACAUUGUGGUGUUAUAACACAGUGACACAUGCAUUUACGGCUCUGUUUAAUGUCCUGAGUGUUUCUGAAUUAACGGGAUGAUGAGGAUCUCUCUGAAUGGGCUACACAGUCAAUUUCAACACGUUAUCAUGUUAGAAAUAGUAGUUUGACCCCCCAAAAAGGUUCACUUACUAGUUUUUCUAGAGCUCUCAACCCCAUCUCUCAAUCAGAAGUAUCUGUGAGAGAGCCAUCUGCUGAGAAAUGCUAAGUCCUGCUUGUUGAAAGAUCCAGAAGAACCCUGGAAGUGGACCUUGAGUCAGCUGUCGCUCAUAGUCUGAACACGCAGCUGCAGGUUAGUGAGACUAGACUGCGUUUUCAGGUGUGACUUAAUUAAAGAAAAGCUGCAGAUCCUGAGAUUUAAAAACACACAAAAAAACUGCUGAGGAUACAAAAUCAUGAGAGGAUACAUCUUGGGAGGAGAGGUCAUCAUGUUUUGGUUUUGUUGUGCGAGCCUGUCUCGUGUUUUUUUUUUUAAAGCUCUCGCUAUGUGACGGUGUUUUGUUUUUUUUAGUUUUUGUUGUAGUUCUUUUUCUUUGCGGGGGAAAGGGUCAUAUUAAUUAUUUUUAAAAGCUUCUAAAAAGGGCUUCAAUCAGAAUGUAACCCAGCAUAUCAUUGUACAAUACUAAUUCAUUCAGAAACCUUUGAGUAUAUAUUAUAUAUAAAUAAUGUAUUGCUUAAAACCGGA